AUGACUGCUGCCGGUCCUCUGACCGUCAUGCCUGAAAAAAUUUUCACUUACGGCGAAGGGAAAAGUUAUGACUGCCUGCCCGAAAAGAGAAAAGCUGUAAUUGAGACCAUUAGAUCUAACAUAGCUGAACUAUACACUGGACCACAAGGGAGUGACAUGAUUGUACAAGAAGUCCCUAGAGAAGACAUUGUAGAUGAAAACCCGGAGGCCCCAACCGUGGCUGCAACCGUAGCUGACAUUGGCGCGUUACAGACGGUCUAUUAUGAAAUCUUUCCCGGGGCUUCGCUCCACAAUUAUGAUUACGACCACAAACAUUUUGAAGCAUCUACUUACCAACCUAAAGUAGAAAAUGUGGAAAUUCUCAUAAAUAGGAAUAAUGUAAAUAUUCCUUCUUUUGAUAAAAUGUCACCGUUGCUGAGAACAGCUGUACCGAAAAUCCGCGACAAGACUCGCCUGGAAUUGUUAUAUGCAGUUGCCCAACGUAAUUGCAGCGUGGCCAAAUUGCGAGCUUUAUCUGAUGAAGGAUGGGUUUCGGGUCAUAUGGUUGAUGUAUUUGUUGACACCUACGUGGCUCCGGAGUAUAGUGAUAUGUUCGCAGAAUUUGCAAAUGAGCCUAUUCAAAUAGACGAAGAAGCUUUCAACGACUGGGUUAAGACUAAGGAAGAUUUUAAGUUGGGACUCAUGACCGAUGACGCUCCGUUCACCUAUGAAGAAUUCAAAAAGUAUGAUCUGAGCAUCAAAACCACAUGCAAACCCACUCUUACUCAAGCUUGUAUAACCACCUAUUCAGCGCCACAAGUUAUAGCAGCGCAAAACCAGAUAUGCAAUGCACUCUUUGGCCCUUAUGUGCGCAAAGCAAUGAAUAGAUUAAUGCAUGUAUUAGAUCCCACCUUUUCAAUUUACACAGACUGCUCUCCAGAAGAAUACGCUAACAAACUUUCACAAUCCUUUCCUCCGGAUUUGCUAGAUCAUUCAUGCAAAACCGAAUUGGAUAUUUCAAAGUAUGAUAAAAGCCAGGGCCUACUUGCCAUCAACAUCAUCGUAGGGAUUUUUAGAAGAUUGGGUGUAAAAGAAAAUGUGUGUCGUGGUAUGUAUGAGAGCCAUCGAAACACCGUGUUGUUCGUCGUGAGAGACGGUGAAAAAAUAGCUUUUGUACCAGAUGUUGUAAAAGUUCUUUCAAAAUUGGGUAGAAAUGAUUUGACCAACCCUCAGCAUGUGGAGGAGUAUAGGAUAUCAUUGGCUGACAAUUUGAAGUGUUGGAGUAACGCUCGCCUUAUUCCUGAAAUAAGAUAA